UAGGACAAACGUCCGCUUAAACGGAAACGCGAAUUCUCGGCUGUGUUUCAUCAAGUCUAAAGGAGUUCUGAGCCAUGCGCGCUGAUUCACAUCUGUAGCUGGAGUUUUGUACGAAAGAGCAAGAAAACACACAGCGACAGUAGGAAGCCGGAUUAUGGAGGUAUGGAAAAGUCACGUGAGAGCAGCUCUGAUCCACAGAGACUGCCUACAGAAAGAUCCCUUCUCUGGACUUUUCACUAAAGUGUCCAGUUUAGAAGAAAUGUUAAGCUUGCACAUGGGUGUAUGGGAGGAUUUGAAAAGAGACAGAAUCCAGAGUCCAAACACAAAUGGAGUAUUACAGUGCUCAAAUGAGGAUACAAACCCACCGAAACUCUAUGUGCAGCUCAAAGAGGAACAGCAACUCAGACAAAAGCUUACCCAGAAAGUGUUAGACCUGACCAGUGACCUUUACUUGAAGGAAGCAGAUCUGCAGUACUGUCAUUCACAAGUCAGCCGCUACCGCAACGAAGCCGUGCUCUUGGCCAGAGGAGCGUGUUGUCUCAAAAACGAUCUUUGUGAGUAUGAAUAUAAAUUGGAGUGCCAGUCAAAGGAGUUGGCUGCAUUGAAAUUGGAGCAGAGGACUCUAAGGGAGGAGCUGGCAAUAGCACGUCAAGAGAAAGAGGAGCUACUGGAACGCUGGUUGGAGGAGAAAAAAGAGGAGGCAGAGCGUAUUAAUAAGCACAAUGCAGCACUGGAAAGGUGGAAUAGUUAUGCUGGUCGUCUAAACAGGCGUCUGAAUUCUGGGUCUCGUCGGCAUCCACGGCCAGCUACCAACAACAGAGUUAUUCAAAGAGAUUCAACUGAUCAACCCUCCCCCAAGCAUAACUAACAACUUUACUGAUUUAUAUUUAUUUCAGUUUACUGACAAUUUGCACUUUAUGGAAGCUUAACUGUAUAAAAUAUAUAUGUUCUGUUUUAAAUCUAAAUGUCAAGCCAGUAUGUACAAUAAACCUUUUCAAAUCGU